GGAAGUGCGACCGAGGUGCGCGGACUUUGCAGGCGGAAGCGGAGAAGUUUGCGCCCCACGGCGUGGCACACGGAGAGCAACCCGAAAGCAGGCGUCCGCCAGAGAACGGAUGGGCCGUUGAAAUUGGCUUCGUGCGGUGCGUGCGCGCUGCAUUUCUGGGAGAAAUCCUUCUUCCUGAUUCUUCCGGCAACUACCCAAGGGUCACCUACACUAUUAUGCUGGACAUGACUUCGGGAAGUAAGAAAACGACCUGGUUGUCUAAGCAUAUGCUGUAAAUGUCUAACGAUGGAGCCAACAAUAAUGUCCGCCACUGCGUCGUUUACUUUUCACCAGAGAGGAACACUGGUCACAGGCGGCCUCCCACGCAGAUACACGCGUCUCUUAUCACCUGAGAAGUGUAAGUACGGUGUAUCACGCAAGGCUACAUCCGCCUGCAACCACCAAAAUACUCCUUCUUCUAAGCACGGAAACUAAAAUUUUCAAUACGACGGAGCUUUCAUUCACACUCGCGAACGCGUACAGGCCUAAUGGCUCCGGCUUCACGGCCUUCGGUCAUUCUGCGUCUGGCCUCAAAGGCAAUGGGGCAAGACUCCGCCCUUGGGACGGCACCGUCGCCACCAUGCCACCCGAGUUCGCAACAUUACCCGGUUCUGACAACGAGACGACGCUGGCGGCGGCGACGACGCUCACGGCUGAUGAAGAUGUGUUCGGCCCUGUCUACACCAGCAAUCUACGAAUCGCCCUCAUCGCCGUCAUGCUAGUUCUGUCGCUCGUCGGAAACACGGCCGUGUGCUAUCGUCUCCUGACAUCACGGCGCCACAGGGUGUUCAAGGCUCAGGUACUGUUCCUAAACCUUGCCCUGGCAGACCUUCUCGUCACAGUGGUUACCAUGAACUCGCAGCUGCUGUGGGAGAUCAUGGGGCGGGUCUGGAUCGCUGGAGACGGGCCCUGCCGCGCAUUCAAGGUGAUGCAGACUUUCGCGCUCGUCUCCUCCACGUAUAUGCUCGUGGGCAUCGCAGUGGACCGCCAUUACGCCAUCUGCAAGCCACUCGUUCUGGCGCCCAGGCCUCGCUCCGUGGCUGCGGUCUGCUGGCUGCUUUCUCUUCUCCCUUCCCUUCCCAACCUACUCGUGUUCCGGGUGGUCGUGGUACGGGACAAGUGCUACUGUGCCUCUGUUUUCUACAUCUAUCGUGAUACCACCACCGUGGCGCGGCAAGUCUACAUGGCGUUCGUGUUCACGCUCGUUUUCAUCCUUCCGCUCUGCGCGCUGGUGGCACUCUACAGUAGUAUCCUAUUCAGGAUGCGGAGGAUGGUCGCGGCCAACACUAGAACGCCGGGAGGCAUUCGCAUAGCACUCACGACGACUCCAACGUCGAGGUCACCGCCAACGACGGCUGCUGUCAGCGAGACGUCAAACAGAAGCACGCUGCCUAGAGCGCGUCUGCGGACACUCAAGAUGGCGGUGGUGAUAUUUGUGGCGUUCCUGGUGACAAACUUGCCGUACAUGGUGCAAGAGGUGAUACUGGCCUUCGCGCGAGACGUUUCGCUUGGACCCAACAUGGUGGCCGUGUUCGGCGUCAUCUCUGCCUCCAACAGUGCCGUCAACCCGUACGUGUACCUGGCCUUCAACGGUGGCGCGGCGGGCACCAGCUGCGACGCUCGCGUGCGCGGCUUAUGGCGUAGGCUGACGUGCUCGUCGGGCUCGAAACGCACGACCAUCGCGUUGCGCACCUCGUGUUCGACGUUGCCUACUCGUCGCCGUAAGCGACUAAUAAAGGCGCAGGGCCCCCUGUCUGAGCAAAAGUGCAGAAGUAGCGGAAACAUUGAAACGCCAGAGGAAAACAUGUAAAGAACGAAGGCCGGUCACAGGUGGAAUUGUUUUACUGCCAAAAUACCAAAUGUAAAGAGAACACAGCUAUUUUCGGGUAGAGUUUCCCUAGCCCUCGCCUAAUUUAUUAAGAAAUGCAGUGGGCUCAAUGAGUGUCUUAUUUGCCCGUAACAACUAUUGCACAGUGACUGAACUCAACGGACAUAUUUCAUG